AUCAACAGUACUCAUGGUCACCAACCCAGCACUUCAAUGAAGAGAGAUACUCUCCUGCUCCAAGGAAUAUGAAAGGAUUAUCCAGUAGUCGAAAUCAACCACAGUUAUGUUCCGGUCAUACCUGUGGCUUAACACCCCCUGAAGAUUGUGAACACACCCAUGACCACCUUCACCAUGGGCAGGAGCCAAGGCAAUCGUACCUGCUUAGCCCUACAGAGAGCUGUCCCAUGGAUCACCAUCGCUGCUCACCACGGAGUUCCAUCCAUUCCGAAUGUAUGAUGAUGCCCAUGAUGAUGGGCGAUCACAUGUCCAGUAGCACUUUUCCCAGAAUGCACUACAGCUCACAUUACGAUACAAGGGACGACUGUGCCAUGUCUCACCCUAGCGCUAAAAUCAAUCGGAUCCCCGCCAAUCUUUUGGACCAGUUUGAGAAACAGCUUCCUCUACACAGGGAUGGAUUCCACACUUUACAGUAUCAGAGGACUUCAACUGCUGCAGAACAACGGAGUGAAAGCCCAGGAAGAAUACGACACCUUGUCCAUUCGGUUCAGAAGCUUUUUACCAAGUCUCAUUCUUUAGAAGGCUCUUCCAAAAGCAACAUCAAUGGGACUAAGAGUGACAGUAGAGGGGAGGAUCAUCAUCAUGGUCAUCCUUCUAAACAUAGCAAAAGGAGCAAAAGCAAGGAGCGAAAGCCUGAAACUAAGCAUAAAUCUGGGAUGAGCAGUUGGUGGAGCUCUGAUGACAAUUUGGACAGUGAUAGCACUUAUCGAACACCCAGUGUGGUGAAUCGACACCAUGUGGAUCAUAUCUCCCACUGCUACCCUGAAGCUCUCCAGAGCCACUUUGGGGAUCUCUCCCUAAAGACUUCAAAAAGUAAUAAUGACAUGAAAUGCUCUGCAUGUGAAGGCUUGGCUAUGACUCCUGAUGGGAAAUACAUGAAAAGGAGUUCCUGGUCAACUCUCACAGUAAGCCAGGCAAAAGAAGCUUACCGAAAGAGUUCAUUGAACUUAGAUAAGCCUCUGGUCCAUCAGGAAAUUAAGCCUGCCUUGAGGCCAUGUCAUUACCUUCAGGUGCCUCAAGAUGAAUGGGGAGGGUACCCCACUGGCGGUAAAGAUGAGGAGAUCCCCUGCAGGAGGAUGAGGAGUGGGAGUUAUAUUAAAGCCAUGGGAGAUGAGGAGAGUGGAGAAUCUGACUCUAGCCCCAAAACAUCACCAAAAGUAGCAGUCCGAACAGAGGCGUUGUUAAAAUCCAUUGGACAAAGACCGCUUGGAGAUCACCAAACCCAGAGCUACCUACAAGCUGCAAGUGAGGUGCCUGGUGGUCACAACCUGGAUCCCUCUGCUAACUACAACUCUCCAAAAUUCCGCUCCAGGAAUCAGAGCUACAUGCGGGCAGUCAGCACUCUGAGUCAGGCCAGCUGCGUUAGUCAGAUGAGUGAAGCUGAGAUCAACGGGCAGUUUGAAUCGGUGUGUGAAUCAGUCUUUAGUGAAGUUGAAUCUCAGGCCAUGGAUGCCCUAGACCUUCCUGGUUGCUUCCGAACGAGAAGUCACAGUUAUCUGAGAGCCAUUCAGGCUGGUUACUCCCAAGAUGAUGAAUGUAUUCCUGCAAUGACAUCUUCUAACAUCACCUCAACUAUCAGGUCAACAACAGCUGUAUCAUACACAAGUUAUAAAAAAACACCACCACCGGUUCCCCCUCGGACAACCUCCAAGCCUCUGAUUUCUGUCACCGCCCAGAGCAGCACGGAAUCUACCCAGGAUGCCUACCAUGACAGCCGGACUCAGAGGAUCCCUCCAUGGCCACAAGAUGGCCGAGGCCUGUACAAUUCCACAGAUAGCCUGGACAGUAACAAGGCCAUGAAUCUUGCCCUGGAAACAGCAGCUGCCCAGCGCCACGCCUCUGAGAGCCAGAGCAGUUCAGUUCGAACUAGCGACAAAGCUGUCUUAGUGACAAAAGCUGAGGAGUUCCUCAAGAGCCGUCGUUCCUCAAUAGGAAUUCAGGUGGAAACAGCAACUGAUUCUGAUACAGAGAGCAGAAGCCUACGGGAAUAUCACUCUGUUGGAGUGCAAGUAGAAGAUGAAAAACGGCAUGGUCGGUUUAAACGUUCGAAUAGUGUAACAGCUGCAGUUCAGGCUGACCUAGAACUGGAGGGCUUUCCUGGACACAUUACUAUGGAGGACAAAGGUCUUCAGUUUGGUUCAUCAUUUCAGCGACAUUCAGAACCUAGCACUCCUACCCAAUAUGGCGCAGUAAGAACUGUACGGACACAAGGACUUUUCAGUUACCGAGAAGAUUAUAGGACCCCAGUUGACACUUCAAACCUUCCCCCACCUGACCCUUGGCUGGAGCCAUCUAUUGAGACAGUAGAAACUGGCAGGAUGUCACCUUGUCGACGGGAUGGAACAUGGUUUAUGAAGCUACUGCACACAGAGACAAAGAGGAUGGAAGGAUGGUGUAAAGAGAUGGAAAGAGAAGCAGAAGAAAAUGACCUGUCUGAAGAAAUUCUAGGUAAAAUCAGGAGUGCAGUUGGAAGUGCUCAGCUCCUCAUGUCUCAGAAGUUCCAGCAAUUUUAUUGGCUUUGUCAGCAAAAUUUGGAUCCCAGUGCUAUGCCAAGGCCUACUUCCCAAGACCUGGCAGGAUUUUGGGACUUAUUGCAGCUCUCGAUUGAAGAUGUCAGCAUGAAGUUUGAUGAACUUCACCAACUGAAGCUCAAUGAAUGGAAGCUAAUAGAAUCCCCUGAAAGAAAGGAAGAAAGAAAGGUUCCCCCUCCAGUACCAAAGAAGCCUCCAAAAGGGAAAUUUCCUAUCACAAGAGAAAAGUCUCUAGACCUGCCUGACAGACAACGCCAAGAAGCCAGAAGACGGCUCAUGGCCGCCAAGAGAGCAGCCUCCUUUAGGCAGAAUUCGGCCACUGAACGAGCAGACAGCAUUGAGAUCUACAUCCCUGAGGCCCAAACCAGGCUUUAAAGACAGAAUGCUGCAACAUUUCCUUUUUUUUAAACAAACAAAAAAAGCUUGUACAGUUUGUCACUUAACCUGGUAAUUUCUGUCUCAUUUUUUCCACUGAAUAUGCCCUUGCUGUUGUGUUCUUUGUGCCAUAAGCACAGUGGAAUGUUUUGAUUUUUUCAAAGUUUGCCGAGCUCAUUGCAAGAAUGACUUCUUUUUGUAUUUAUUGUCUGACUUACAAUCAGCUACAAUGGAUAGGGCUUGGUGAGACCUGACUUAUCCAAUAUGUUCUCAGAGGACAACAAGAAACACCUCUUGAGAUGGAACCCAGCUUACCUUUUUUUGUUAUUUAUAUUUUUAUAAAUUGUGUGACAAUUAGGGAUAAGAAUAACAAAUUAUAAAAUGGGUGCAUCUCACCAUUCACUAGAGGCAUUAGCUAACCAAGUAGAAGGUGCUACAAUGGCAAGUGCAUGACAGAAAGACCCCAUGUCUCUCACCUCCAGUUUUCUUUUCUUCGAAUCCAACUAAACGAUUUGCCCAUGUGCGCUGCCAUUCUCUUCAUCUCUGUUACUACGGGAAAACAUUAUUAAGCCUUUCAUGUCAUGUUAAGUUUUUGGCAAUGAAAAGGGAUCUAUCUAGUCAUUACUCCUUACACAUAGACAGGUAGCUUUCCAAAAGCCCAGGAGCCUACUCUUCUGAAUCCAUUAAAAAUAUCUGGUAAGAUUUUUUUUCCAGGAACCAAACCACCAUUUUCCCAAAGCUAAGCUUAAUUAAAAUGCAAGAAGACUGACAAACAAUGGGUGAAAAGAAAGUGGUAGCCUUAAAGCAUCUCUUCCAUAGCAAAGUAUAAGAGCAAAGUUAUACUUAUUCCUAGGAAAUAGUUAUUGUCAUUUCAGUUCUUUCCAUGGAUUUGUUUUUAUUCAUAUUUUACCUUUAAUUUCACCAAUUAUAUUACAUGCGAUAGGUCAUAUUCUCAAACUGCUGUAUCAGUUAAAUUUCCAGGGUAUCCUUGAAAAAAAAGGUUUGCUUGUUUAAAAUGCCAGUUGUGAUGUUGUAACCAGUUUAAGAAGUUUGAAUGUGAGUGGUAAGUAUAUCUCAGUUUAAAUGGUAAAGGUGAAAUGUAGCUUAUAUUUUAUUUUUUUUUCAGAACUCUUUUUCCUAUGCAGUAUCAGCUAAGGCAAGUACCUUGCUUAUAAAGAUAUAGAGAAAUUGAUUCAAGAAUUAAGGGAUUUCCAGCUCUGGAAUUUAAGAAGCAUUAGCGUGUUUUCAUGACACUGACUAACAUGAGCAAAAACAGGAGACAGUUUAGUCGAGUAGCUUUCAAUCCUGAAUUAAGUUUAGAUACAGUAUUCCUUAGUCAAGCUUCCCAAUGGAAAUGAGGAUUCUUACUUAUAGACUUCUCUCUCCAAAGGAAGACCCAAUAAAAUAUAUCUAAUGGAGCCCAAUCUCCGCAUGAAUUAAGUUGAAAUACAGGAGUAUUUAUUCUAGCUUCCCACUGAAAAGAGAGUAUCCUAAUUCAUAAACCCUCUCCAAAGGAAGGCCCAAUAAGGUGGAUCUAAUAGAUCUCAGUUUUCUCUGACUUUGGAUGACUACUCCAUGUUAAAGCAGGAUGGCAACAUACAAAAGUUAUUUUGGACAACCAUGUUUCUGUUUACCUGCUUUAAUAAAUACCAUGUACUUAGCCAUACGCAGAACAGCUUCUCAAUUAUACUCUAGCACUUUGUUAUUGUGGGUUUUUUUUCCACCUUGAUUAGCACUUUAAAUAAGUACUCAGCUCACUCUGCAGCCUGCCACAUUAUUACAAGCAUUAAGUAGCAAAGGUUGCAUAGCUUACAAAAAUUUGGACAUUGGUUAACAAUGAAGUUUUCCUUUGUUCUUUCAGGCUU